UUGCCGCACUUCUCGCCGCAUAGAGCGACCUCUCUGUCGCUGUGCGUUAUGAACAGGUGCAGAAUAGUGCUCGUGGGGAAACACAGACGCUGAAUAACGGUUCCGUCCCCCUAGACCUCCUAUUCACUCCUCCUUCCCCUCACGGUCGCUUACCCCCCUCACAGCCGCCGCCGCUCUCCUCUCCGGGCUGGUGUGCGCCAUGGACGGGCUCGGAGCCGGCGGACAUCAGCGGGUGCUGCUCAGAUGAAACUGUUCGUGUGCUGGGUCCUCACCUACGUGGUCAGCCUGGCCGUGGUGAAGAAGAUGUGGAGUGGCCGGUACAUGAGGAGUCACCUGAGCAGAUCCCUGUACAUGAACAUGCUGAGCCACAACCAGGCCCCAUACUGGGAAGGCAGCCACCAGUGGUAUUUAUGCGACACGGAGAAAUUAAGCGAUGACCUUCAGACAAUAUUUGUCCAGAGUUAUCUAGAUCACGGAACGCAGACAUUCCUGAACCGGAGCAUAGAGAAGUCCGGCUGGCUCUCCAUCCAGCUCUACCACUCAUUCAUGUCCUCUGUCUUCAGCAUGUUUAUGUCCAGGACCUCCAUUAACGGGUUGCUUGGUAGGGGGUCAAUGUUUGUCUUUUCACCGGAGCAGUUCCAGAGACUUCUCAAGAUUGGCCCAGACUGGAAAUCCCACAGACUAUUGGAUUUAGGGGCAGGAGAUGGGGAAGUGACAAAGGUCAUGAGUCCGCACUUUGAGGAGAUCUAUGUCACUGAGAUGUCACAGACUAUGAUAUGGCAACUUCAGAAGAAAAAGUACAGAGUACUUAAUAUUGAUGAAUGGCAAAGAACCGGCUUCCAGUACGAUGUCAUUAGCUGCUUAAAUCUCCUCGACCGCUGUCACCAGCCCGUGACUUUACUGAAGGAAAUGAGAAGCGUCCUUGAGCCAACCAGAGGUCGGGUUGUGUUAGCACUGGUCCUACCAUUUCAUCCCUAUGUGGAAAAUGGAGGCAAGUGGGAGAAGCCAUCAGAAGUUAUGGAAGUAAACGGAACCGUAUGGGAGGAACAAGUAAACAGCCUGGCUGUCGUCUUCCAGGACGCCGGGUUUGUUGUGGAGGCCUGCACCAGACUCCCCUAUUUAUGUGAAGGAGACAUGUACAAUGACUAUUAUGUUUUGGAUGACGCUGUCUUCGUUCUGCGGCCGGUGUAGUCUUAACAAAUUUGCAUGGGAAAUGAAAUGAGCAUCAUUGUUCCUCUUGGACCAGAAAUAUGAAGAAUAGUUUCCCUAGGUAAAUAAAUAACCCUUCAAGGCCAAAAUCUUAUUGUAUUUCCUACAGGAUCUUGUUUAUAUUACAUAUAUAUAUAAAUAUAUAUAUGUGAGUGUGUGUGCGUGCGUGUUUGUAUAUAUACAGAAUCUCCAAUAGGAAUCUUUUUUAAUUAACUCAACUGUGCUACCUUUUUCCAGCAAGUGGACAUAUUUUUUAUGUGACAGAACUACAGUUUGCUGCAUAAAUACAACGUUGUUAUACAGUGUCCUGUGCGAGAAUUGUCUUUGUUUAAUAAAAAAAUACCAACUCUUGCAAUAAAAUGUACAAUGUCAAAACCAUUGGGAGACGCCAGAAUCUUCCAUCAAACUGUUUUUAUUUGCCACCAAAAAGCACAUUUUUUAACCAUGUCAAUAAAGGGUCAAAAGAAUACAAA